CGACUCUUGAGGCCGGUGGGAGUCAGAUCAGGGCCGGCGAGACAGAUACAGGGACGACAGAUAUGAGAGAUCGGACCGAGAUGGAUAUAGGGACGACAUAUAUGAGAGGUCGGAUCGAGAUGGAUACAGGGGUGGCAGGUAUGAGAGAGGAGAUCGAGACAGAGACUGACGAGAUGACUCGCGCGGACGGUAUGACCGCAUGGGAUUCACGAGGGCGCAGCGUGACGAUUCGCGGAGGUGGAACGACUGAGGAGAUCGACGCGAUGAGUCGCGCGGACGACCCCAGAGCAGCGAGGGGUUCGACCUCCAGAAGCGCAGACGACAGGUCACCCACUCCCAGAAACUCUUGCGUCUACUGUAGAGGGGAUGAUCAUAUCAAGAGAGACUGCCCGGAUCUCAAACGGGCAAUAGAUGAGGGACUUGUCGUGCUUGAUGACCGCAAGUACGUCAAGUGGGCAGAUGAUCUGGGAGACGUAUCGAUGUUCCCUUCGAUGAAGGAGAAUGUUGAAGCAAGGAGAGUAAAACCGAGUAAAGGAAAGGAGCCAGUUAGGAGCCAGAGCAUCAAGAUAACUUUCGAAGGAGAUAUGGCAACCACACCCAUAAGGGUGGCAGCUACCAAGUCGGCGAGAGGGUCUACAUCGAAGAAGACUGACACGGAUUACGUGAUGGCGGAGAAGGACGGACAACGGAUCGAUGGAGAGGAGGUUAUUCUUUCACCGCGAAAGCGGGGAGUGAAGAAGUUCUUGAUGAAGAGUUCGCUGGAUGAGAUUGACACGAUCGAGCCACUGAGACGGGCCCUUCGGCAGCCCAUACAGUGCUCUAUUCUGGAAUAUCUGGCGGCAUCCAAGCCGGUUCGCGACGAGUUACAGAUGAUCACGCCGAAGAUUCGCAUACCUCUAUCAGAGGAGGCUCAUGUGACCCCUAAGGCGGAUGCUCCUACUGUAGCAGUAUCGGAGGUGACUGCUAGAGCAGAUCGCAUGGAGACAGUCCUUCUUGAUGGGAUGGAAGGUGUGCCUCCAGACAAGUUUUACAUACUUGGUAGUGGGACCGUGGAGACGAUCCUAAACGACGGAGCGGUACUAGAUGCUGUGAUCGAUAACGGCAGUGAGACUGCCAUUAUAGACGAGGAUCUGGCAGAGCAAGUUGGACUGGGACUCGAUAGGUCAUACUUAUUCGAGAUAGAGACGGCUGAUGGGAGAAAACAACAAAUCAUAGGAGUUUGUCACAAGGCAGCCAUAGAGGUCCAAGGGGUACGAGUGACCCUGCCAGUCUUUGCAGUCAAGAACUGCAGCUCUGACCUGCUCUUGGGUUGGACGUGGCUGAGCCAUAUGCAUGCGGUAACGAUAGAGCGACCGGACGGGAGCCAGACACUGCCCAUGAAGAAGCUAGAUGGGGCGCGGAUAAUGAUUGAGACGGUGGAGCCUCGAGACCCGAGGAACAGGGCAGCUCUCGCUGUAGGAGUAGAACCUAGUGAUCGGAUUAAGUCAUUAUCUAUCUCCGGCCGCGUGGUGCGAUUUCGCGAGAAGAAAUGUGGACCUCUGCUCACAGAAGAAGAAGGUCGGAUUGUAGAAGUGGAAGAUUUAGGGAGUCGGCUGAUAGUGGACGGCAAUUCGUAUCCAAAGGAGGCAGAUGAGGAGUUUGGCGGCGUGGUAUCUGUGUCUUUUUAAUGGCACGGCCCCCUAUGGAGGGCUACCCAAGCGACACAAGCGAGUAGCCCAGAAAGUUA